AUGGAUUACUACUUGCAAGGAAAUCAUGAAUGUGAGAUCGCUUAUGGAGGUGAAGCUGACUUACACAAGCACUUAAUAGACUGUAAGAAGAAUCCAGGUCAUGUCAACUUUAUACCUGUGAAUGAUUUUAACUUGGAUCAUCUCCCCUCACGUUACCGUGACGUCAUCAUGUUGGAACUAAUCAAAGCUUUGUCUGCCCUAACGGUCCUGAUAAAGGUCAAUUACACCAGUCUAGAAAGACCAGAGUCUGUUCCAUGCUUCCCUGGUCAAUAUCCAUUUUAUAACACAAGAGGAAGUGAAGUGUUGAGAACAGGGACGGGGAGGGUGUGUGGUGUGGUCAAGUAUACCGAGAGUGACAACAAGGGCACUUGUCCAUGUGGCAAGUGUCAACACUCGGACACACCGAGCAAAGUGUGGGGGGAGAUCUCUGUAGGACAAUGGACACAGGAGAAUAAAAGACGUGUUGGGGGCACCAAAUACAUCAAGUACACGUACACAACAGCCACAUGCACAGGCAGUAGUGGAGCCCCAAUAUAUACAGUACGAGCUGAUUUCAUGUCUCAUGCUCAUAGCGGGACGAGCUCUAAAGAAGAAAACUACAGUGGAGAAUGGUCAUUAAAGUUGCUAAACAUUACCUUCAUGGACAACGCUAAUAAGAUUAUAACUUGCACUGACAAAGCCAUGCUACGUAUCAGCGAGACGGUCACCGACAUCUUAUGUCAUCUGGAUGUUACCGUUGUUCAAGUGUAUCUUGACUUUAGAGAAACAGUUGCUCUCUGUUCAGUUUAUAUUGAUGGCGGACGGAACGUGGCACUAAAACAACCAACAACCCAGUCGUCUGACUACAGCGAAGCUGGGGUAGUCUACGACUCUUCAAGAGCUGUGGAUGGAAACCCAAGUGGUGACUUCAACGGUCAAAACUCGUGUUCUCACACAUUCAACACGCCCAAUAGCACUUGGACGGUCUUAUUUAAUCAACCACGUGAUGUCAACAGAUACGUGCUGUAUAAUAGAGGACUUUUAACUAUAACCAAACGCCUGAAGGGUUUCAAUCUUGUGAGCUACAACGCCCAGCACAUAGCCCUAUUCAACUACACAGACACCAACCCAAGUGACACCGUGAUGAUCUACAACGUGACAACUACAGGGACUAAGGCCGUGGCCUCAAUUACAAUCAUAGCAAAGGAUGUUGACAACAUUUUGACUCUCUGUGAAGUGGAAGUUUAUGGCUACGACAGCUGCCCUAAGGGGACCUACAGCAUUGGGUGCAGCAGUACGUGCAACUGUCGGGACGAGAGUGAGUCGUGUUUUGUUGCCACUGGUCAAUGUUGGUCUGGAUGUGCUAUUGGGUAUCAAAGUGAAGGCUGCUCUCAGCCAUGUGCGGAGACUUACUACGGAGAAGACUGUGCACAAAGGUGCAGCACCAACUGCCCAGGUCAGCUGUGUAACAACGUUGACGGCACAUGCAGGAGUUGUCCUGUGGGGAAAGAUGGACCCUACUGCGAACAAGAGUGUAAAGAACACAGGUACGGCGCUAACUGCAACAUGACGUGUCCACCAAACUGCCUUAACAACCUGUGUAAUAGUGUAACGGGCCAAUGUUUGGCGUGUGUUGCUGGUUACACAGGUGCUAUGUGUGAUCUAGAAUGUGCGGCGACAUAUUUUGGUGAGAACUGUAGACGACGAUGUAGCUCAACAUGUCUGGACAGAUUGUGUAACAACACGGACGGUUUGUGUGUGAGUUGUGUGGUGGGGAGGACGGGAGAUUUCUGUGAGAAAGACGUUGAAUGUAAAACAAGUAACGGAAUAUGUUCAACGAAUCAACAGUUAAGUCCCCUAACCUCUUCUGUGAGCGAUAGACUGGCUGAUGGUGUAGGGAUUGGUGUUGGCGCUAUGUGUGGCGUGGUGAUUAUCAUUGUAUCUGUUGGCUGUAUUGUGAGGAAGGUCAGGGCUACAUCAGGAAGGGAAACAAGAGCUCAUAGGAAAAACAAUCAUCAGGACGUCUCUGCAUCGGGCCAAUCAUCACAAACCUCACACAACAAAGCUACAGGAAACGCUAGCACAAACCUUAGCUGCUACGACAAUUUGGGUGUAGAUGAAACCCUAGCAGCGACUUACGAAACCAUUUCUAUUCACGACGUUAAUUGAUAACGUAUAAGUUUAAGAUUGCAUAAGUAUGGAUGAAUAUGCAUGUAUAAAGACAGCACAAUAUUUUAAUAUGACACUGAUAAGAAAUAGAAGUUUAUUGUGAAAUUAUUAUUUCGUCUAGAAAAUGUAUCAAACUAAAUCUCUCUCUCUCUCUCUCUCUCUCUCUCUCUCUCUCUCUCUCUUAUAAUUUCAUUGAGUCUUAAAUAGAAAAUAGUAUUUGAUCGGUUGCUCUCUCUCUCUCUCUCUCUCUCUCUCUCUCUUUUGACCCCAAAUAAUUCAUGAACUACAAGAGCAAACAAAACUUGGAAUUUAUGAAUUGCACCAUCAAAAUACUUUACAGUUUUAUCAUCUUUGGUUGUAAAGAAAAAUGAGACAACUUUAACCUCCACGAAUAGCAACAAAGAAGAAAAAAAUUAAAAUAUCAUUUCAAAUUAAGAAGCUGAUAAUAUUAAAUUCUUCUUUAGCUAUUUAAUGUAAUUAAUAGAAAAUUCUUCAAAAACAUGGGUUGUUCACUUGGGCAUAAAUCAUUGUGAAUCAUAUGAGUGGUUUAUUUGAUUCUUCUUCGUUCUUCAUUAAGUAUAUGACAAGCAAAACGUCGUGUAUUAACUAAACUGUGGUCUCAAGAUCAGCGGGUGCCCCAUAGAGUUUUUCCUUGCGUAGGAUGUGUAGGGGCCAGUGUUUGGAUCGCGCCUGGCUAUAUAAUGUGAUCAUAUAUGC